AUGAGUGAUGGUGAAGGUGUAGUUGAUGCAGUUUUCAAACGUACACAUGCAUACGGACAAGACAAAAUUCAUUCUGAUGGUGACAAUAUUGAUCUCGAUGAUUUGACACCAACAACUACUUCAGUCAAGCGGCCUAUUGAGAUUGUUACAACCACUGAAUCAUUUGAAUGGUCUUCUUCGAAAGAUAGAGUUGUUGCUCCUACCUUGAAGAUCCCAAAAUGGAAAAACUCGAAUAAGUUUAAGUCAUUCAUCAUUAUUUGA